AUGGCGAACCUGUUAGGGGCGUCCAGAACCCUUAAGUUCUUCUUCUCUGAGGCGGUCAUGGGUCAGCACUUCCAGGAGGUGGAGUUAGAAAAAGGGGAGCCUCAGCCUGGGGACCUGUUCCUGUUCAAGUUGCAGUCCCCUAGGGCACAGUGGUGUGGGGCCCACGUGGGUGUUUACUGCGGCCAUGGAGAGAUCAUUCACUUCGAGGGCAGGACCUCUGGAGACCAAGGACUACAAACGCUUCUGGGUUUCUGCGAAGGUGUGGUGUGCAAACAGGGGCACCGCGCUCUGCAGCGCUCCCGGAGGCUCUGGCGUGUGCUGCGCAGACGCGGUGGCGUCGACCUUCGAGUGCUGGAGCACCGCGUGCAGGAAGCUAUGAAUGGUGAUCCUCCUCCCUACCACCCUACGAGCAGCAACUGCGUGCACUUUGCACUGAACCUGCUGGGCAUGGACACAGAAGCUGAUAAUGCUUCCCUUCUAGAAGGAUGGCUGCCCUCAGAGGGAUUUAGACUGUGUGAAAAAGGAGGCCUGAAAGGCACUAUCCCUAAAUCUCUAAGGCCGGUGGUCCAACCCACGCCUGCGAGCAUGGCCUUCUUUCCGCGUCCCACCCUUUUCCCUCGCUGCCGGGUGGGCGGGCCCCUGAAGUCCCUGCACUCCGCGGGCGGUGCCGGUGCCUUUAAGAACCUCAGCGCGGGGCCCUGA